AUGUCCUCGACGGCGGUGCGCUCGAUGCACUCUUCACAGCAAACUGUGUCCGCUGCACACAGACUCCCUGACCCUGUUCAUGUGGCUCCGUAUCUCACCCACCUCGUUACCCACCACGGGCAGCUCACUCUAACCCCGCCUCAAAAUGCCGGGCGCAUUCGCAAGGCCAAGACAAAACGGCAGGAUCGAGACAGGAGUGAGAGAGCUCAACACAGUGAGGAACCUCGCUUCACCACGGCCGUACCGCCUACUCCGUCGAGGAGGCUGCAGUCUGCACCCUCCCCUGCCAGAGCUCGUAAACAGGCCACAGUGCCCGCGACUGCUCGCAGGAACGACCCAGUUCUAGACGUUCUGGACAUUCCCGUGCCCGAUUACCCUCCGCCAUCCUUUCAGGAAGCCAUAUCUGCCUCCCUGCCCUUCACCCUGCCCUCACCAUCCGAUACUACCACAAAUACGUCCAAUUUUACCCCUCCAUCUAGUGUUCCAUCCUCUCCAACUGCUGCCUCGCUAAGAAAUGUUCAAUUUCCUACUGGGGACCAUUCCAUUGCUGCACAGGAUCCACAGAACCCCUCUUUUCAUUGCCUUCCAACGGGCUCUACGGAUUCGGGAACAGAGUCAGAUGGAUCCAGUUCUGUUGAGCUGGUCAACAUGGAGCCAUUGCAGUACGGGUGGGACACUGAUCGUAGUAUGGGCGUGAAUCUACAACAGCGUGUUGAGCGAGAGCUUAUUCGACAGCAAGCCGUGGAACAUCUUAGAGCACCCAGUAUCCCUCGAACCCCGAAGUCCUCUAUCCCCUACUCUGUGUCUAGCACCCACCAUUCUCGCCGCUGUUCUCAAUGUGGCUCGAUGACGCCUUUGAGAUCCGAUGGCGCGCAGAGCCCGAUUGAUAGUGACGAUGAAAGAGCUGAAGAUCCGUUCGACGAUUGUGUGGGUCCAUUCACUGGCGAAAAGGCUAAUCGUCGUCAUAAGCUGCUCGACGCUUGUUCUGCGCCGUCUUCUCCCUCCUCCGCUAGUCCUACAUUCAGCAACAUGACCGCCCCUUGGGCGAGCAGCGUCACGCUCUCUCUCAGCAGUGUUUUCUCGUCGUCUCAUAAAUCAAGUCCCUUAGCACCGUCAUCGUCCGCAACUCUUAAGCACAAGGAAAGCACCGGCCUCCGGAAGCUCUUCUUGUCUAAAGGUAAAGAGCGGUCUCCACCCCCUUCUCAGGAACAGGCCGAAGAUCUUGAUUCGUGGGAAGUUGUGGGGACUGAUGUAACUACCUCGGAGCCUAGUGCAUCGUUUUCUCCGGACGCCAGAGCCAGUUCGGAGCGGGAGAGAUCCUCUCCUCCAUUUCCUGCAAUUGUCAGUCGGGCAGUAGGACGAUCUCCACAGAGGCAGGUGUCACCUUAUCCUGUUAACUCCUCACCCCUUCCGCCUGUUGUUCUACCUGAGAAGUCGCCUCUGCGGUUCCCGGAUGAACGAACCCGGAGAGUCAGACGGCCACCACCACCCCCUCCCCCGACAAGAGGAACUGCUCCAUGCAAUCGACAACCUCCGUCGAGACAAAAGGGAGAAAGAUUGCAUAGCAAUGCUCAGCCCAGUGAUUUACCAGCCCAAAGCGCAUUCAUCGCGUCGCCAAUCGCCGUCCCAGUCCAUUCGCGAGGUGCCUCACCACCUGUAUCUUCUGUCGCCGGACAGGCAGUUGACGCAUCGGCAGCUAGUAACCCAAUACCUUCCCACCCUUCCGGUUCAUCCCCACUUACAUCUCCAAUGACUGCAGAACGUGACCUGAGAGUCUCCCAAGAUAUGUUACGACCCCCAAACCGUAAUACGAUGCCAAGGAGGCCUAGCCCACUGUCCUGCGAAGCCAACCUUCCCGUGUCGCCGAUCGAGCCAGCACCCACAAUUACUCCGUCCACACCGACCACUCCUUCUGGUCAUCAUUAUGCAGGAAGACCACUCCCCAGGCCACCUAAUUCCCCGUCUCCUUCUGUUGGAACUCUGGCAGUUCCCGAAAGCCCCCUUCCUCCCGUCGAACAGCACGAUAGCAGUGAAAAUGCUGCCGCAAGUUCCUCACACCCACCCACUCUAAACACGCACGAUCAAUCCGCUCAAUUGACUGACUUGGAUGUCGUAGUCUCGCGACUAGAUAAUCAAGGAUCCGACGGUCAAAAUUAUGAGGAUUUGUUGUUGAUAUCCGACAUCAUCGGCUCGGCCAAUGCUGAUCCGCUAUCCCCACUCUGCAGACCGACUUCUCCCAAUACCCACCCGUUCGUCGGACGCAUUGAAAUUGAGCGUCGUCGCGUUCUGAAGGACGGCCGUGUAAAGAUCAGGCUAUCUCUGCUUGGCGUAACAGUGGAUAAGUGUGGUAUCUGCCUCUCUCAAUUCAGGGCCGAGGACAUGGCAGCUCUUGGACCUGUUUGUCAGCAUUCGUAA